AUGAAGGACCGUCUGGCUCAGCUGAAGGAGAAGAGUGAUGGAGGAGAUGACAUCGAGGUUCCUAUGGAGAACCAGGCAUUCAUGGAUGACUUCUUUGCUCAGAUUGAAGAUAUCAGGACCAGCAUCGAUAAGGUGGACGAGAGUAUCACAGAAAUCAAGAAGCUUUACUCCACCAUCCUGUCAGCCCCCACCUCUGAUCAAAAGACUCAGGACGAUGUUGAAGCUCUGACUAACGAGAUCAAGAAGUCUGCAAACAAUGCACGAAACAAACUCAAGAGUAUUGAGCGUCAGCUGGAGUCAAACACAGAAGACAGAUCCUCAGCUGAUCUCAGGAUACGUAAAUCACAGCAUGCAAUUCUGGCCAAGAAGUUUGUGGAGGUGAUGACGAGGUACAACGAAACUCAGGUUGACUUCAGAGACAAGAGCAAAGGACGCAUUGCCCGCCAGCUCGAGAUCACGGGGAAAGCUACGACUGAUGAGGAGCUGGACGAGAUGCUCGAGGGAGGAAACGCUGCUGUGUUCUCUGCAGGGAUCAUGGACUCUAAGAUCAACCAGCAGGCUCUGAAUGAGAUCGAAGCUCGACACAAAGACAUCAUGAGGCUGGAGAGCAGCAUCAAAGAGCUGCACGACAUGUUUGUGGACAUUGCCAUGCUGGUCGAGAACCAGGGAGGAAUGAUUGACAGAAUUGAGAGUAACAUGGACCAAUCAGUGGGCUUCGUGGAGCGUGCAGUGGCAGACACUAAGAAGGCAGCAAAGUUCCAGCAGGAG